CCGUAACCAAUUGCUCAACUCGAAUUGUCGCAUCUGCCGCCUUGUUGGGAGCCUUGUCAACCCACAAUCUGGCAGCGACGUCCUUAAUCAGUCUAUAGAAUUGAGUGACCAGCCGCUGGUCGUACGUUUGGACGUUUGUGAGGAUUUGAGUGGGAUUUGGGGUUUCGGAGAGGCGUGUGUUAAACUGGCAGUUAAAUCACCUGUGGCUGGUUCUACAAAAAUAAAUGGCUACUAUGACUACACCCGAUUCAUAAUAGCGCAAAAAUUCAGGAACAAUGAGACCGUCGGCAUUCGCAUACUAGAACCCUUGAGAGUCAAUUUUGAUUUUCUUAGACAAAUGUUAAACAAAUGCCUCGAAGAUCAUGGAGAGUGCCAGUCUACGAGGGUCGAAGUUGCGAGGUUGCGUGUAAUUGAUGUCACCACAGAAACAAUUUGCCAGGCUCCUCCAGAUUGUGAAUACAUCGCUCUGUCUUAUGUUUGGGGUGAUAAAUCUGCUUGCAAAAGUACUCAAGGAGAGUUUCCACCCGUCGUACAAGAUGCCUUCAUCGUGACUAAGGCCUUGGGCUACCGGUAUCUAUGGGUUGAUCGAUAUUGCAUCGAUCAAAACCCGAACUCCCCUCAUAUGCAGUCUAUGAUCAACCAGAUGGAUCUUGUCUAUGGCAGCGCCCACGCCACUAUAGUCGCAGCGUCUGGUAACAGUGCUAGUGAUGGUUUAGCAGGAAUCAGUGUACCACGCUAUCAAGGCCAUGCAGAAAUUGGCGAGAUCCACCUGAUUGAAUUCUCUGACGUUGAAGCAGCCAUUGUGUGCAGCAAAUGGGCUACGCGAGGGUGGACUUACCAAGAAUGGUACUUCUCUAAAAGACGACUAGUGUUCACAGACAGCGAAGUAAUGUUUCUCUGCAACAAGAAACAGGCAAAGGAGACGGUAUUGGACCCUGGUAGUCAUCCGUUCGAGAAUCUGGGCUAUGAGUUCAAGUCAAUGAAGCCUCCAAACGACACUGAGGCUUAUUCACUUCAAUGCUACAGACUUAGGUCACAUAUAAGUGGAUACAGCAAGCGAAAUCUAUCCUACGAUUGUGACAGCCUGAAUGCGUUUGCUGGCAUCCUGAGAUAUUACGAGUCAGUUGCAGGGGGCGACGAUAGACCAUUGUCCCACCUUUGGGGAGUUCCAUUACAGCUGCUUGGGUAUCUUAAAGAGGGGUGGGUAUUCUUUGAUCUGCUAUGGAAUCAUGAAGCUAUUGCUCAUCGAAGGGAUGGUCUGCCCAGCUGGUCUUGGUCAGGCUGGGGUGGUUCAGUCGAAUUCAACACUUUUUUAUUUCAUGAAUUGGAAAUCCGGCCUCAUACAGUAGAGCUGGAAGCCAACAAGCCGCUUGAAAAUUCAGUACACGAGGAAGAAGGAUUGACUUCCGCAGUAAAGCGCGUUCUUCGGAUUCAGAUUCCUCUCGAGGACAGAUUUGUCGAUUUGAACAGUUUUUGUCGGGAACGUCAGUUGAACCUACAUCACGAAAUUCAUCCGAAGGAACUACAUAUCACCUCCUUCAUUAUCCCGCUACGAUUUCAUGAAGUUGAUGGCUACCUACGACCUCAGUAUUUCAAUGAAAAAAACUUGAGGAGGCCGCCCAUCAGAAUUAUUCCAACAUUUCUUGCAAGGCCGGGUAUAUUUCUUGGCGUGCCGGUGUGUUUCGAUAGAGAGUAUAAUUUCGAAUUGCACAAAUUGGGCCUGGUAUUACCAAGCGGUGGCCAAUUCUACAAAGACCCGAAUACCUAUAACAUCAUAGUUCUUCACCCUGUAGCGGACGGCAAGUACGAGCGGGCGGGACUUGCUGUCCUGGGCUAUGAUGUUCACACGAGAAAUAUCGAGAACCAGGGAACAUACGAGUAUCGGGUUCUGUUGGAUGAGAAUGAUAAUUUAAUUUCAGAAGAGGACCCUAAGUACGUGAAUUCGAGGAGUGAGGAAUCAAAUAAGUAUUUGUUUCUUCAAGGCGCUGAAUGGAAAACGAUUUGCUUAGUUUAG